AUGGAGUCGGCACGGAGUCUCCUCUCCCAUGCUCACGCGGAGAAGCAUUGGUGGGGUGAGGCGGUUACGUUGGCAACAUGGAUUCGCAACCGGUGCGUGACCAAGGCGUUGCCGAACAAGACGCCUCUUGAGGCUUGGAGCGGUACGAAGCCGGACGUCACCGACCUUCGCACGUUUGGGUGUACGUGCUACUACCAUGUCCCGGAUGCCACACGGACCAAGCUUGAGGCGAAGGCGCGGGUGGCGAUGUACUUGGGUCCAAGCGCAGAUCACAAGGCGUGGCGUGUGUGGGACUUGGAGCACGGGAAACUCGUGGUGUCGUGCAAUGUGGUGUUCUACGAAGACACAUUCCCGUCCAAGUCCAUGCACGUGCCCUCGGUCAUCAUUGUCCCUCCACCCUUGGAUGUAGCGGAUGAGGCGGAUGAAGCUCCUACGAGUUCUCCUCCUAGUACGAGUGAGGGGGAGAAUGGAUCGGGUGCGGUUGGAGUGAGUGGGGAUGAAGGACAUGCCAAGGAAAGUGACCCUUCGUCUCCUCCUCCUCGCAUCACUCCCACCCUCGCAUCCACUCGCACUCGGAGGAACCCUCAUCCCAACUCCAAGUUCGAUGACUACUCUCUCGUGGCGGGGAACGAUGAGGGAGGGGGAGACGCUAUGUGUCUUGAGGCGUACACCGACACCUCGUCCACCUACCAAGGCUCUAUGAGCUCGGCGGAAGCGGCGGAAUGGGAGCGUGCGCUUCAAGAGGAGUAUGAUUCACUCAUGGUGAAUGAUGUCUACGAGCUUGUCCCCAUGCCUCCCGGCGCCUACCUCGUUGGCUCUCGUUGGACCUUUGUAGCGGACGUGAAGACGAAGCUUGCAUGCGUGACCUCGGCGCCGUCUCCCACUACCUAG